UGAGCGCCCACAACGCUGCCUCCUUCAUCAACGACUUUCACCAGCACAAUACCUUAGAAUGUCUAGACGAACCGUUGUAGUCGAAGAGUUCGACGACGACACGGACAUUCCUCUUCCCCAGCGCCCUUUGCCAAACUCUGGAGCAAGAGGACCUCUCCUAGAGUCAUUGUCAGACGAUGAAGACGACUCGGACGUUCCGGAUGCUUUCCCACCCAGAGCAGGACCUGCCUCUCCUUCACAACCACAAUUUAGAGGCAGGGAGACACAGUUUGACGGGGAGGUGAAUGAUCCUACUUAUAAGAAGUGCGUUCGUUUCUUGGCGAUUCCUCGCCGCGUAUGAGCUGCCAUGCUCAGGCUUUUCUCUUUCUUCCCCUUCUUUCUUCGGUCCUUCAAUCCUCUUUGGAAUUCACUUACUCGAUUGGAAUGAAUACGACUUGCGGCAAAUCAUUAGAUGGACUUGUGUAUACCCGAUUUACAUUGACGCGAAGCGUGCGUAUGGAACUGGAGAACGUCGUAUUGCUCGUGCGAAAUCCGUGUGGUGGCCGCUUAGCAAGGAUAUCGCGGAAGCUACGAAUCGUCUCGGCCUUGGAACUCUUCAUGAGAUGCAUAAGUCUCACCCUAGAGACUGGGAGAACCCUGGCCGAGUACGCGUUCAAUGGAAGAAGGACGGGAGGUUGGUGAACCCCGCUAUCAAGUCGAAGAAACAAUUACUCGAGAUGAUUUCGAUACAAAUACAGAUGCUCAAGCCUGAUAAUAUUCCGAAGCCACCAUACACCUCUACCCCAGAUACCGGAGUGGCUUCCGACCCUGCGCCAGCAGCUUCCAAAGCUGCAGCGAAAGGGAAGCAGCCAGCUUCCAAGACUGCAGGAAAGGGAACUUCAUCUACCGCUAUCUCCAGUACCAUCGCUUCUACGAAGAAGUCUGGUCGACAAUUACCAAGUCCCCCUGCGCCUCAUCCACCGCUGAGCAGCCGAGUGUCGCCAUAUUCACCUGCACUGGUAUCUGGCGUGCUCAUUGAGACUGUGAAGGCUGGAAUGAGUGCUCAAGAAAGUGGUGGUGUAGGAGGACCUGGUGGUGGCAUGGGUGGUGGAAAGGGUAAACGAAAGGUGGUACGGGUCCGCGGAUGAAUAUCUGUAAAUUUUUUGAUUACGGGUAUCAAUGGUCGUUUCUGUACGAUUUGUCCUCAAUACACUAUGUUGUUCGUGUAUAUCGAUGUAUGUCUGAGGCCGAUGAAAAUGCUGGUCAUUAUUCAACUCCGGG